AAUCUAAUAGAUACAGUGAAAACUUUACACAAAACAACCGAAUCGACAUUUGAACGCAUAUCUACCAUUUCGACUACCGAAACCCACACUCCACACGCAAGAAAUCAGAAGCUUUAAAAUUCCUAGCCACCAAAAGCCUUGCAAUGUCCACGAAUGUGCCAACAAUAUCGGUUACUCCUCAUCUACACCAUUCCUCAUCAUCAUCGGACUCUGAUUCGGAUACAUCAAAUUCGCAUGACAAUGACAUGAACUAUUCGAGAAAGUGGGGCGAAUCAACCGACGUCGAGGAUUUCGACAGUCAGGCCGACAGUGUCAAAGCACCGACAAAAAGUUCGUCGAAGAAUCACUUGGCUGCUCCAGAAGAAGGUACUUCGCAUGAACUAACCGAUGUGGAGGACUACGAUGCGUCCGACUCUGACAUGGAAGGCGAUGGUUGUGAUAAGGAACCCAGUUUUCCAGAGCUGAAGCUAUCCCUGGAAGAGUUCCUCAACAACGAUGUACAGGCAUUGCAAUCAGUCGAUAAUGAAGCCAUCGAGAGGGUAGAGCGACGAUCUGGAAAUUUUCUGCAUGCGCAGAAUCUGACACAAGGCAAUGACUACUUAACAGAUUGCGAAGAUUACCACACGGAUUCGGAAAUUGAAAACGAAUGUGAGAAAUCUGUGUGUUUCGAUUUGGACGAAGCAUUGGUUGAACCAGGACGAGUCAAUAUAGCCGACGCGACUGGAACACCGAAUGUAAGUUAUGUGUCGGAUGAGCAUGACGACGUAUCCAUCGCGAGUAAUAUAAGCGACUUGGCGUUGGAUAUGGCUGGUGCUAGAGCCCCAUUAAAACAAGUGUUAUCUGAAGAUGAGGUCUUGGAAAUUUCGGGUGACGAAGAAGUCUGUCAAAUUGCUUUUUCCGAUUCAGAUUCUAGAGAUGAUGACGACAGUCAUUCAGACGACGGAAAUGUGUCUAUACCGCCGCUAGAUGUGACAUUUUUGCCGCCAUUGGCCUCGGUGACUAGGCCCGCCAUGAAACCGGCAUGUUCGUCAACUUCUAAUUGUAAAUUCCUGGCAGUCGAAGAACGAAAGGAGGAGGUUCUAACUGACAUCGAACGUUUAGACGACGAUGAUGAUGACAGCUACGAUGAUGACGAGAAGCCAAUUCCACAGGCAGUAAUUUUGGCACCCGGUGAUCUGGGAGAUUGUCACACGGAUUGUGAAGACAUAUCCUGCGACGAAAACUCUUAUGCAGAUUUAUUGGCACCCGAAGCGAAAGGUCACACCGUCGAUGUCAAAGUAUUGCCCCAGCCGCAACGGGAAGUAGUGUUGUUGCAAGAAGACAAAUUUGGCGACACAAUUACCAGUGUUAUGCCUAUGGACGAAGAGUAUCAAUUCGGCAUGGGUACUUAUGUUAGAGAGGAAUGUGCUACGGACUCUGAAGAAUAUUCCUGUGCCGAUGAGGACGAUCCAAAUGAAGUUUCGUCGGGCGAACCCUCCAUGCCAUCUCCCAGUGGCCUUAUUGAAUCCGACAUAACGAUUGCCAAUGAACAGCUGAAGGCACACAUCAGUAAGAGGCUGGAAAUUCAAUCAAACACUGAAUCGGUGACAGACGUGGAGGAAUUCUACAUGGACGGCACGAAUGUUCGCCGAAAGAAACUAAAAACUCGCACCAUGAGCAAAAAUAAAUCAAAGUUUUUAGAUGUUCCGAAAGCCGGAGAUGAAGCCAAAACUGAUACAGAAGAUAUGGAUUUAUCGGAGUGGGAGCUUCCGCAGGGCUUAAAAUGCACGCCAAAGGCAAACCCAAGCAUAAAUUUGCCUCCGGUACAGAUAGAUAAGGCUACCGAUAUAGAAGAUCUUACAGCCGAUGAUAUAUCGUCUGCUUCUGAACAGGAGUUGCCACAAAUCGACCGAAUGACAACAAAUCUCAAAGAUUACGACACCAGUAGUUCAAACGUUGUUAUUGCUUCCGAAGCAUGCUGCUCAUCAGAAAAUGUUCGGCCAAAUAAGAAGUCAUCAGUGGCUUCGAAAACUCACCACAACAACGGUCAUCACCAGCAGCAGCAUACUGAUGUCGAAGAUGUCCAACUACCCUCUGAUGCUGAGGACUAUAUCCCAAGUGAGCCACCAUCAACCGACCUCCCGAAUGAGUUGCACGAGUUGCUUAAUGCCGGCUGUACGACCACCGUGCACGAGAAAUGUCAGAGCAGUUUUAAUGUUGACGCCGAGAAGAUACAUAUCAAGGGUAUGCUGCGUGAGGCCCAUACUGAUGUUGAGUAUGUGGAAUCGGAUGAAUCCGCCGCUAGGGGUAGCAAAUAGAUGAGCAG